AUGGCCAUUGGAGAUGGGACAAAUCAAACCAUCGUUAUAGAAUUAAUUCUUCUAGGAUUUGGUGAUCUUCAGCAUCUAGACAUGGUUCUUUUUCUGCUGUUUCUAGUGAUAUAUAUCUUUACCAUGGUUGGGAACAUUCUCAUCAUAGCAUUAGUUGUAUUAAACCCUAAUCUUCACACACCCAUGUACUUUUUCCUUGGGAACCUGUCCUGCUUGGAGACGUUCUACACAUCAACCAUCUUGCCCAAAGUUAUUGUCAUCUUCCUGACUGGGGAGAAAGCCAUUUCUAUUCCUGGCUGCAUUGCCCAAUUCUAUUUCUUUGCUGCACUUGUAGUUACAGAAUGUGGCCUCCUAGCCAUGAUGUCUUACGACAGGUACACAGCAAUAUGCAAACCAUUACAUUAUUCAACCUUGAUGAAUAUGAAGGCUUGUCUUUUCAUGGCAAGUGGGUCAUGGCUUAAUGGGUUUCUGGCAAUGUCAGUAAUGAUGUAUCUGAUGACAAGGUUGCCCUUCUGUGUCCCCAACGAAAUUGACCAUUUCUUUUGUGACCUUACCCCUGUAGCGAGAAUCUCCUGCAGUGAAGCACAAAGAUUUGAACUGAUGGGAUUCAUAUUCUCAACCAUAUUUACCCUGCCUCCCUUUUUAUUGACUCUCACAUCAUACAUGUUUAUCAUCAUUGCCAUCUUGAGGAUCCCAUCAACCACUGGCAGGAAAAAGGCCUUCUCCACAUGCUCUUCUCACCUUCUUGUGGUUACAAUCUAUUAUGGGACUCUAAUCACUGUCUAUGUGCUCCCAAAUACUGAAAAUAUACGGAAGCUAAACAAAGUGUUCUCUGUUUUUUACACCAUCCUUACACCCUUAAUCAAUCCCCUCAUAUACAGCCUGAGGAACAGAGAGGUGAAAGAGGCUCUUAGGAAAUCUAUUGGUAAACUCAUUCAUGGCAUAAGACCCCAGAAAUUCAAAUCUUUGUCUUUAGAAUAG